AGAUAUGAGAAGCAAGAUGCGAAAGAUUCAAAUGACCCAUGGGGGUCAUGAGAUAGAAACCUGCCUUUCCUUCACUGAACGCAUUUUGCCUUGGUCAUGAGCACUAUCCUUCAUUUCCUCUCCUCUAUUGAUUGAUCUAUUCUAUCUGCCCACGCAGGACCACAAUUGCUUGAGAUACUAUGAGCAAAUCUCUAAUCGAAACACUGGACCAUCCGGUCAAUAUACAUGACAUCUGCAAACUAGUGGAAGCCCAUGGACAACCGUAUACGUGUAUGAAAUCUGUGCUCGAGAAGUAUUUUAACCACUCCUAUUCAUGUAGGGUGAACCACCACAAGAACGAACUUGUUCUUAGGCUACGGAAGCAACUAUCUGUAGCGUCGGAUCCCAAUUUCGGAAGCUGCGAAGCGCUGCACCUCACCAAUACCGCGGUUUCGUACUUCACCCGGCCUGCGGAAGAAAUGAAUGAUAAGCAACAGCGCGCACUGCGAAAUUUCUACCGUCUUGCAGACGAAGGAGCACUACUAUAGAAGCUGAAUGCGGAGGAUGCAAGUGGCCGCUGUAGGUCACACAUAUAUCCUUGGAUGAAUGGGGAUCCUUAACAACAUCCUUUUCUUCAGGUUCUCUCUCCAAUCUCGCGUUCUUCUGGG